AUGGGGGCCCGGGAGCGUCUGCUCACUGCGCACUGGGGAGUGUCCGUGCCGGGGCAGCCCAGAGGCCAAUGGAACCUGGAACCUGGGGAGCCGGGCACCUACCGGUCCAGUCCAGGAGAGGACGGAGGAGGAAUGGACUGGCUCUGCUGCAUCCCACUCUCCCGAGGCCGAGGCCGAGGCCACAGGCGUCGUCACGGCAGAGAUGGCCUCUGCCAAGCCUGCAGAACCUGGAUGAGAACGCGAGGCGGACGCCUAGGGGCCGUUGCCCGCAGGGACCCAGAGAGUCCCCCACCCGAGACCCGCCAGGAACAGGGUGAGGAAGGCAGAAGGCCACCUGAGGGCCCUCCACACAGACUGCUCCCCGGGGUCCUCUGCCGGGCUGGUGGGGAGCACAGGAGCGCCAGCUGUGGCCAUGAAGACACCGUCCACAUGAGCCUGACAACCCUGGAAGGCCUGGCACCCCCUGAGGCCCAGCCUGAAGCAGGAGACCUGGAGCCAGAGGCCAAGAUGCCAGCCGAGCGGAAAGACCCUGGAGCAGCCCCCAGAAGAGGUCCAAGACCACAGGAGGACUCAGCACCUGGGCAGGGAGGACCUCCAGCUCUUUCAGAGGGACACUCAUGUCCUCGUGGGGACUCGCCCCACGGGGAGGAUGAACCCUCUGCUCCUCUCCCAAGAGGCCCAGCUCCUCUUGAGGAGCCACCACCCGGGAAGGGUGGAACCAAGGAGCCUCCUGCAGGAGGACCAGGCCCCCAUGAAGACUCAACUCAUGGGGUGAGGGAGGCCCGUCGCGGCCUGCCCCUGGUGUCCACGGAGCCCUCAGGCUGCUGGGCUCCCAUGGGGGCCCAGGAGCGUCUGCUCACUGCGCACUGGGGAGUGUCCGUGCCAGGGCAGCCCAGACCCCUCAAGACGCUCCCAGAAAACGGUGAAAGCGCCUCAGUGAAUGGGGCCAAGUCGCAGGAGGCACCAUGA